UAUGAACAGAGAAGGCGGGGCUUCUGCUCUCCGUGGCCCCUCCCUCUGCUGCAGAAUGACGCUCCUGUCAUUUUCCCCUUUUUCUUUGGCUGAGUUAGCCAGCUGGGCUGGAUCUUUAAGCAUAGGGUAAAAACGGGCGGUGUGAGAGCCGUGUUUACAUUUUUCCCCCCUCUCAUACGUUUUGCACCACCGGGCAGUGUCACCGGAGGAUAGCAGGACGCUGAGGCCGUGGAUGAGCAUCACGUGGAGGCGUCAAAGACGGAACUUUGAAGGAGCUCUGCUGUCUUUAUCCACAGGUCGGAGGCAUGAGCGGGAGAGUGGGAGACCUGAGUCCUAAACAGGCUGAGGCGCUGGAGCAGUUUCGAGUACGGGUACAAGAUAUUCUUCCUCAACUUCCUGCACAGCAUGACCACUUCCUCUUACGUUGGCUCAGAGCCAGGAACUUCAAUAUCCAGAAGUCUGAGGCAAUGCUGCGAAAGCAUUUGGAGUUCAGGAGACAGAUGAAAGUAGACACAAUAAUCACUGAGUGGCGUCCACCAGAGGUAAUCGAGAAAUAUCUGUCAGGAGGCAUGUGCGGUUAUGACCGCGAGGGCAGCCCCAUCUGGUACGAUGUCAUCGGACCCGUAGAUCCUAAGGGCCUCUUUCUGUCUGCCUCCAAGCAAGACUUCAUCAAGUCCAAGAUCAGAGACUGCGAGGUGCUUCAGAAGGAGUGUAACCUCCAGUCGGAGAGACUGGGGAAAAACGUGGAGUCGAUCACAAUGAUCUACGAUGUUGAAGGUCUGGGCCUGAAGCACUUAUGGAAACCAGCUAUAGAAACAUAUGGAGAGAUCCUCCAGAUGUUUGAAGACAACUAUCCAGAAGGGCUGAAGAAACUGUUUGUUAUCAAAGCCCCUAAAAUCUUUCCUGUGGCUUACAACCUCGUCAAGCACUUUCUGAGUGAGGCCACGCGACAAAAGAUCUGCAUCCUGGGAGCCAACUGGCAGGAGGUCUUAUUGAACCACAUCGAUGCCGAGGAGCUGCCGGCGAUAUACGGGGGUAAACUGACGGAUCCUGACGGAGACCCUCGCUGUCGCAACAAGAUAAACCAUGUUGGACCAGUUCCUCCCUCCUACUACGUGCGAGACCAUGUGAAGGUGGAUUACGAGCAGUCUGUGACCAUCAGCCGAGUUUCUUCAGAGCAAGUGGACUUUGAGAUCUUGUUCCCCGGCUGCGUUCUCAGGUGGCAGUUUGCCAGUGACGGUGGAGACAUCGGAUUUGGGGUCUUUCAAAAGGCCAAAAAGGGUGAAUGGAAGAAGGCGGCUGAGAUGGAGGAAAUCGUGCCCAGUCAGCGAUACAAUGCCCACUUAGUACCCGAGGAUGGCUCACUGACCUGUGAGCGUCCAGGAGUCUAUGUGCUGAGAUUCGACAACACCUACAGCAUCUUCCAGGCCAAACGCAUCAGCUACAGUGUUGAGGUCCUGCUUCCUGAUCAUUUACAGCCCGCGCAGAACAACGGGAAGUCUGGCGACCACGUGGAAGUGGAGUGCGACAGUCAGUUAUAACAAAGAUGAUGUCAUCAGAUCAGCGAUGUUUAGCCGCUCAGAAAGCACAGCCUGACAUACUUGAUUUGAACAUGUCGUGUGGAUUAAUAGUGUUAUAUCUCAGUGCUGGGUGACUCGUAUUCAUGUGGCAUCUAUUUAGAAACUCCACCCACUCUCCUCUCCGACAUCACGGAUCCCAGAUUUUCAGCCCAUUUUAUCUUUACUCAGCACUGGUGUUUCAAACAGGCGCCAAAUAAAUGAGCUGGUUAUACCACAGCGUGAUACGGUGUAAACAAACAGCUGAAACCAGUAAUGUUCAAUUAGUAUCAAACUUUGUCCAUGUGCAAGGAAGUAUUUUCUAUAGAUGCAGUAAAAUUAAAGUAAAACUCUAAAUAUUUGAAUUUAUUGCAAAAUGCACUAAAUUUUGUGCUAUUUGUCCUUUUUUUGAUUCAUCAUUUAUCAGCUGUGCCUCUAGUGAUCACGCUUUCCCUGAACAUACACUGUCAUGUCAAAAAGAACAUUUCACAGGACUCUGCAGUGAAAACUAAGAAUCGCGUCAUUCAGUAGCUCAUAGAACCACCUUCAGCACCGUCAUUACUUCAGCUCGUUGACAUCUGCAGGUAUUGGUUUAUGCACAGCUCUCCUAAGGUCCUGUAACAGCAUCUCAGUCAGGUUGAGGUCUGGAUAUUGACCGGACCAUUGCAGCACCACGAGUCUUUUCUUUUUCAGCAUUCUGUUGGAGAUUUGCUGCUGCGCUUGAGCUCAUUGCUUUCUUUUUCACAUGACUGUGUUAACAAUCAACUUGCAUUCACAAAAAAAAACAAAAAACGCUUUCAUCUGAAUAUGUUUUUCAAAGAAUUGCAUUAAUGUAAUUUAUUAUAUAAUUUAAUAUUUAAGUUUUAAGUCCAAGACUAAAAAUAUGAAGGCAGAAAUGAAUAUAAUAAGUCCUCUUGUUUGGUAAAAUAUACAGUAUAUAUUAUUCCUGCUAUUCCAGUGAGUGAAUCGUGUUAGUCUGACUCAAAGCUGUACUAACACAGCUGUGCAGAAAUAAAAAUGGAAUAAUUGUAA